AUGGCCUCCGGCAAGGGCCCGGCCAGCAGCAAUCUAAACAUUGCCAUCCGCCCGCCCCCGGACCAGGCCAACCCUGCCGAUAGCAUCGGCAAGCUCCAGGCCGACGCAGACGCCCUGAGGCAAGAGGCGCACGCCCUCCGCGAUGCCGCCGACCUCGAGGAGCAGCAGGCGCAAAUGCGCAUCGCCGCACUGAUGGCAGAACAGAUGAGCCUCCCAGCGACCAUCAACUCCAUCGAGGUCCACGGCGCCAAGCACACGCGCAAGGGCUUCCUCGACCCCAUAUUCCAGCCUCUCGUAGAGGACAGCUGUAAUGCCGGCACGACAAUGCGCCAAGUCCUCGAGGGCAUCCAAGAUGCCACUGCAAAGCUCGAACGGUUUGACAUCUACAAGCCUCAGCCCUCCGUCUUCCUCUCCGACGUCCGCCGCCCCGAUGCUUCCGCCGCCGCUACCGACCUCGACGUCUCCAUCAAGGUCGCCGAGAAGUCGCGCUUCAUGCUCAAGACCGGCACCGAUCUGGGGAACACCGAGGGCUCCGCCUACGGCAACCUCCUGUGGCGCAACAUCUUUGGUGGCGCCGAGACUCUCUCCCUGAAUGCCAGCGCAGGCACCCGCACCCGCUCAGCGCACACGGCUGCCUUCUCCACCCCGGUCAACAAUAACCCCGACGUGCGCCUGACCCUCGAGGCCUUGUCUUCGGCCACGCAGAAGCCGUGGGCCAGUCACGAGGAGGUCCUCAAAGGUGGCAGUCUGCGCCUGAGCUGGCUGUCCAAGCAGGGCAGCCUCCACAACCUGGCUUACUCGGGCGCAUGGCGCCAGCUCACCGGCCUUGGCGCUGCUGCGUCCCCGACCGUCAGGACCGACGCCGGAGACUCCGUCAAGAGCUCCAUCACGCACACCUUUACCAGGGACCGCCGAGACAAUCCCAUGCUGCCCCAACGAGGCUAUCUUAUCCGUACCGUCUCCGAGCUGGCCGGCUGGGGCCCGCUUGGCGGCGAUGUCUCCUUCUCCAAGUCGGAGCUUGAGCUCGCCGGCGCCCUGCCGCUGCCGCUCCCGGGCAUGAGCAGCCAAGAGACGGGCAUCUCCAUCGGCGGCGGCCUGCGCAUGGGCAUUCUCUACCCCUUGCCCUUGGGCUAUAGCCUCGGCAACAAAGCCAUCCCGAGCAAGGUCAAUGACCGAUUCCAGUUGGGCGGGCCGACCGACGUCCGCGGCUUCAAGCUCGGAGGCCUGGGCCCUCAUGACGGAGCCGAUGCUGUUGGCGGCGACGUGUUUGCCGCCGGCAGCGUCAACGUCCUUCUGCCUGUUCCUAGAGCCGGCCCGAGUUCGCCCCUGCGGUUCCAGCUAUUCGCCAACAGCGGUCGCCUGGUGGCCUUGAAGGACAAGAAGGGCAAGUCGCAAGGUUCGGUCAUGGAGCCUGGCGCAGCGGCCAGUGCCCUGGGCUCGGCCAUUGGCGAAGUCCUAGGCGGCCUGCCCAGCACUGCUGCCGGCUUCGGCAUUGUCUACGCCCAUCCUGUCGCGCGAUUCGAGCUCAACUUUAGCUUGCCGCUCGUGCUCAGGAGAGGCGAGGAGGGCAGGAAGGGCCUGCAGGUUGGCGUCGGCAUCAACUUUCUCUGA